AGUACAAGUAGAUGAAUCGUUGGGACUGUAUCUAAUUAUCAUAUUAUCAAGAUAUUGUGAGUGUAUUUAAAUACGGUGGAAAUUCUCGCGAAACUAUUUUACAUAGAGCUUCACUAUGAGUGUGAUAUUGUUCUUUCUAACUUAUUUGAUUGUCUGUCAAAGUGCACCAAUUGAUGUUGAAUUAGAUGACAAUGAAGUUUCAAGUGUGGAAGCGGAAUUAGGUGACCACUUUGAAGGUGACCUGUUGUUGACACCGGCUCAAAGGGAGGCGAUAUUUUCAGCGCGAAAUGGAUUAGUGGAUGAAGCAACACGGUGGCCCAAUAAGACAGUCAUUUAUUAUAUUGUGGCUGAUGAUUUUAAUGAGGAGGAGGUGAGGAUGAUAGAGGAGGGAAUGGCCGAUAUCGCUAACAAGUCGUGCAUCACGUUCCGGCCGCGAGAUGGAGAUGAGUAUGCAGUUAUAAUACAGGGUACGAGCUCUGGGUGCUUCUCAAACGUUGGCUACAGUAUGUCAGAUGACGGCGACAAUAUAAAGCAAGUACUCAAUCUGGCUAAAGGCUGCUUCAGACACGGCACGGUUGUGCACGAAAUGUUGCACACUCUGGGAUUCUAUCACAUGCAGAGCUCUUACAACAGAGAUGAAUACGUCGCUAUCCUGUGGGAGAAUAUUUCUGAAAAUCACAAACACAACUUCAAAAAAUAUACGAACGACACGGUGACUGACUUCGGAGUUCGUUACGACUACGGCAGUGUUAUGCAUUAUCCUGACACCGCUUUCUCUAUUAACAAAAACAAAACUAUUGUGCCUUUACAGGAGGGCGUUGAAAUUGGACAGAGAAAGGGUUUAUCGGACAGUGAUGUGGCGAAGUUAAACAAGAUGUAUUGCGAUUUCGGCGACGAUAUUGAAAUGUAGAUCUAAUUAUGUAUUUGUAUUUGUAAUAAAUGCUGAUGAAUGAC